AUGGCAGUUUUAUCUGUCAUGGCCUCAGAAGAUCCAGGGGAUGAGCGUAUUGAUCCCCACGCCCUGGAGAAAAAUGCAGACUGGAUAGCCUCACUCCCGGCUCAUCUGCUUGGUGAAUGGGGCGUCACUCUGCCUGAUCCAUCUGAGGGAUCUUCUGAUGAGGAGGAAGUACUGAUCCCAAUGAAGGGUGCUUACAAAGUCCUCCAAAACUAUUGGCGACGUAAGAUUCCAGGGUCCGAGUGGGACGAUUUCACUGCGGAUAUACUAGAAAUGAGUUUGGGGAGAUUGGAGGAGGAAAUAGAUUUGGAAUCGCAGAUGGAGGUGGAUAGUGGCUCAGUGAGGCCACAAGCACGCAUGUUGAGCCUCCUGCUCGUCAUAACUGAGCGGAUCAAGGAAAGGGUGGGCGAAUUGGAGGGCGCUGAUGAUCAGAGCCCAAAGAUUAAGGCUGAGACUAUCAAGAUGAAAAGAAUGCUUGCUCAGUCAGAGGAGUUGUAUGAGGAGAAGACAUCAAUGUUCGGGGAACAAAUGAGGGCCUACCUGAGAAGGCCCGUCAGUGAACUCAAUUCAAACUCACCAAACCGGACUGUGAGCGCGUUACCUCAGUCCCUUCACUCACCAGAAACUGCUGUUGUUUUGACGCCAACAACAACUUCCCCACCAUCGUCUCCAGUCACUUCCGCCCCACGGAACACUGAGAAACCGACUACUUCUGAGCAGUGGACGUCGCUCUCUACUGUCCCAGAGGUAGUCGAGGACAUGGCGCCACUUUCGCCUUCAAUUGCCGCUGACCCAGCAAAGGGCAGCAAGCGCAAGAAGAAGGGAAAGAAGGCCAAAGGGAAGAAGCAGUCUUCUGAAUCCACCCCCCUGCCGACCCCGACUUUGGAAGCCGCGCUUCCCGAGACGUCCACCACUAGGGACGUAGCCACGCAGACCGAUGAGCAUGUCAAAGACGUGUCCACUCAGACCGACAAGCAUGUCAAGGAAAUGUCAACCCAGACCGAUGAGAAUGUCAAGGACGUGACUACUCAGACCGAUGAGAAUUUCAAGGACAUGUCAACUCAGACCGAUGAGCAUGUGUGGUUUGCUGCAACCCCGCACCUCGAGAACGCGAACCAAGUCGAGCCCCCGGCAGGCUCUCCCAUCCCCCCUGCCAACAGUGCAGGCUCUAACGAGGCCGGUUACCCCUCGUUCCAAACAGCGACGAUGACAGCCCAGGCCAUUGCACCCCCGUCGCCAACCUCCUCUGUUACCACCGAGGACCAGCAGCUAUGGAACCCGUGGUGGAAUAUGCAUUUCCACAGCCGCACUCAGCUUUUCUGGCUAUUUCAAGAUGAUCGACUUGAGGCGACCGAGCUCUCUGCCUUGACCCGCGCCAAUAACGAUUCUCCAUGCCGAUUCUUGCCCGACUGUCAGCAACAUACAGGCCACAAGCUGUGUUGGUGUCCAGAGUGUCAACAGGGUCUGACUCCGCGUUGGUGCUGCUGCGCUCACUAUCCCGACUACUGCAUCAACAGUUCGCGCCCACAGCAACAGGAUGUGAUGGUGUUAGAUUACCCGGAUAGUCAAAGUUUCGUCAGAUCGUCACUGCAUUACGUAUCUCGGUUCACCUUUCCCGGACUUGCUCAAAGCACCGGUGCCGCUAGAGUCACUCCUGCUGAAGUCACUGCCGCUGAUACCCCCAAGGGCCCCAACAAGCCCCCGGCAUCCACCUUCAACAAAAGAAAGGCUCAGAGAACUGGCGCCGCUCAAAUCACUCUUGCUGAAGUUAACCCCACUGGAGCCACCACUGGUAAAGCCACCGCUGCCAAAGCCACCGCUGCCAAAGCCACCACUGCCAAAGCCACUGCCGCUGGUACCACCAACAAGCCCUCGGCAUCCACCUCAAACAAAAGAAAGGUUCAAAGCACUGGUGCCGCUGAAGUCACCACCGCUGAAGUCACUGCCGUUGAUACCGCCAACAAGCCCUCGGCAUCCAACUCAAACAAGAGAAAGAAGGCCAACAAGAACAAAAGAACCCAAAAGAAAAGAGCCGAGGAACAUGAGAAAGAGCAAGCCAUGGGCUCCUCUGCCGAGCCUGAGCCUGAGCCCGAGCCAGCACCCGAGCCAGCACCCGAGCCCGCGCCCGCGCCCGAGCCCGAGCCCGCACCCGCGCCCGCACCUGAGCCCGCUUUGCCAGCUCCAUCCCAGGAGUUGUGCCCCCAACCCAGCGAUGCUGCCGAGGUAACUCUUGACCCACCAUCUGAGAAAGUGGUCGUUUCUUUUCCCCAGCCGAUUCCUCAGCCUGGCCCUCGCGUGCGUCGGCUUUCCUGGCCACUGUCCGUGCUCAGCGUCGAGGAGGCAUACCCACAGUCCUAA